UGUCUACUAAUGGGUAAAUAACGAUGCAUUGUCUACUACAACAAUUGGGUAGAGAAAUUGUUGUUCAACAGGGCGAACCGGGGAAACGUCAGUUUUUAGUAGAGGCCAAAGAGAUUCGUGAUGUGUUGGCAAAUGAAACAGGUACUGAAUCCGUCAUAGGUAUAUCAUUUGAUAUUUCCAAGAUCGAGACGUCAUCUAUAAGCAAGCGAGCCUUUAAUAGGAUGCGUAAUCUCAAGUUCUUAAAUUUCUAUAAUGGAAGUGUUAGCUUGUUAGAGGAUAUGGAAUAUCUACCUCGUCUAAGGUUACUACGUUGGGGUUCAUACCCGAGAAAAAGUCUUCCUCUGACAUUUCAGCCAGAAUGUCUCAUCGAAUUGAAUAUGGGAUCCAGCAAGUUGGAGAAGCUAUGGGGAGGAAUCCAGCCCCUUACAAAUCUGAAGAAAAUAAAUUUGGGAUAUUCCUCUAAUUUGAAAGAAAUCCCAAAUCUUUCGAACGCUACUAACCUCAAGACGUUGACACUUGCCGGUUGUGAGAGUUUGGUGGAGAUUCCAUUCUCUAUUUCUUAUCUACAGAAACUGGAAUUGCUGGAUGCGUCAUGUUGCAUUAAGCUACAAGUUAUUCCCACCAACAUCAACCUAGCAUCUCUUGAGGAGGUCAGAAUGAAUAAGUGCUCACGACUGAGAAGUUUUCCAGAUAUUUCGAGUAACAUCAAGCGUCUCUAUGUAGCAGGCACAAUGAUUAAAGAAUUUCCUGCGUCCAUUGUUGGACACUGGUCACGUCUUGAUCUUCUUCAGAUAGGCAGCAGAAGCCUCAAGAGAUUAACACAUGUCCCAGAGAGUGUAACACAGUUAGACCUACACAACAGUGAUAUAAAGAUGAUUCCAGAUUGCGUCAUAGGUCUCCCGCAUCUAGUAUCUCUUCUGGUCGAAAACUGCUCAAAACUGGUGUCAAUUCAGGGUCAUUCCCCUUCGCUGGUGACCCUAUUUGCAGACCACUGUAUAUCACUCAAGAGCGUAUGCUGCACUUUCCACGGACCAAUCUCGAAAUUGAUGUUCUACAACUGUCUGAAACUGGAUAAAGAAUCAAAAAGAGGAAUCAUACAACAAUCGGGUAACAAGUCUAUAUGCUUGCCAGGUAAAGAAAUCCCUGCGGAGUUCACUCACCAAACUACAGGGCACUCCAUAACCAUCUCUCUGGCACCAGGUUGUGAGGAGGCUUUUUCUGCGUUCUCAAGAUUUAAGGCUUGCCUUCUGCUUUCGCCAAUCAAGAAUUUCGCAUUUAAUAAGAUACGUUGUUUUAUAAGAAGCAAAGGUGUCAAAAUUAACUGCACUACAGAAUCCAUAUAUCCGUUUGUGUCUGGUGGAUCUCUAUCAGAACAUCUGUUUAUGUUUUGUGGUGACGUAUUUCCUGAAGAAAACAGAUGCCUUAUGGACGUGACUCCGAAAGAGAUUCUGUUUGAUUUCAGCUCCAGUGAUGUCGAGAUUAUGGAAUGUGGUGUGAAGAUCUUUUUGAGUAGUGGCAUCGAAGUGGGCUACUCUGAAACUAUAGGCAACAGAAACCACCACAUGGAUGGAGAACCAGAAGCGUUUCAGGUACCUCAAGAUGAAAACAUCAAAGACAGUAAACAUACAGAUCACUGGAGUUGGCUUAAGAAGCUUCUUCCGGAGAAAAUGAAGAUGAAUGAUGAUAAUAAGACAGAGCUUAGUUUGAGACCAGUCUCAGGAUCCGGUGAUGAUACCCUCGAGACCAUUUUCAAGGGAAUCUUCAUGAGGUACAAUGAGCCAGAAGCUGUUCAGCUCACUACAGAUGAAGACAUCACAGAUCUUUGGCGUUUGCUAUGCAUUGGUUCCCUUGUGGUAUCUGUUUUUUUGCUUUUUUAUUGCUGGUUUCUUCAGAUGCAAUGAUUUGUGGUUUGGUGUUAUUUAAUAAAAAAAGAGUUUAGUUUCCUUA